AUGGGAGAUAGAGAAAGGCGAAUGGUGUUUGUGACAGUAGGGACGACAUGUUUUGAUGCUCUUGUCAAAGUGGUAGAUUCUGAGGAAGUCAAACAAGCACUACUGCAGAAAGGUUACACAGACCUUCGGAUUCAAAUGGGCCGAGGAACAUACACGCCAUCCAAGGAUAAAGUUAAACAGGCCUCAGGAAAUUCAAAUCUUCAAGUUGAGCAUUUCACCUUUUUACCAAGCAUAGCUGACAACAUACGAGAAGCAUCCUUAGUCAUCAGUCAUGCAGGUUCUGGCAGCAUAUUUGAGACGCUGCAACUGGGCAAGCCUCUUAUCGUCGUUGUGAAUGAAGAUCUGAUGGAUAAUCACCAAAGUGAGUUAGCAGAGGAACUGGCCGAGAGGAAUCACCUUUUGUGUGCCCAUCCACAGACGCUGCGAGCAACCGUCGAGGCGAUGGAUCUGCAUGCGCUCCAGCCGUACAUUCCAGGAGAGGCGAGGCCAGUUGUGGCACUGAUCAACGAAUUUCUUGGUUUUCCUGUCGAUUGA